GUAGACGGUGUGUUCUCUCUGAAUGUGAAGUGCCUUGGGGGGCUUUAAGUGGAUUUGAGGUUUCUUUAAGGGAUACAGCGCGGUGGUAGCAUUCCGGACCACUUCCUUGUAAACUGACAGGUCUCUUUGGGACAGGAAAGUGAAACACUUUAAUCACAAACGCUUUAUAAUUUAUGUUCCCGAACCUCAGCUUUCUCACGGUUCUAUCAUUUCAAUUUCCUUUGAAACAUUAAGCCUAAUAAAUUAAUUCCAGUCUUCAAAAUAUACCCUAAUCAUAUCCUGGGUUAUUUAUAAGACAAAUGCAUUCUACCACUAGGAAUCAGUCCUGUGCUCGUAAACAGGACACAGAACACAAUAUAAAAAUAUAUGAAUACCCAAUGCAGUUUGUUGUUCAGGCUACAGAGAUAAAACACCUGUACUCUGACAGUGAUAACUGUGACUUUAUUAAUUCGUAUUAUUGAGUACAGUGAUGUUCUGCACAGACACAAACACAUCAGAGGUUUCUCCAGCUGUUACUACAAACAGCAAUGGGGGAGAGGUCUCAUUUCUCCAUUCCUCUCUCCUUGCAUGCUUUCCUUGUUUCUCUCCAUGCAUCCUUGCUAGGAGGCACUAAGACACAAGGAAAAGAAGCAGGUGAUUAAACAAGGAUGCAAUUAAGACACUUUCAUUGUGCCCCCAGAAAUGGAUCUCCGCACUCUUCCUGGAAGUCAUCACAAUUUCUCGAAUGCAUCUCAUUGAGCACAUGUCUAGGAAGCUGUAUUCUCAGAAACACAGGUGUUCCCUUGGAAGAAGUGUUUUUCGCCAUCCGUAACGAAAAAAAGGUGUGACACACAGCUGGAACAAUUUCAAACUAUGCGGAACAACUAUUGCUUUUGUAUUCAUAAAUCUUAGGUUCCUUCAAGACACAACCUCUAUUACUUAUGGUUUUAUAUAAAUGUAUGACUUUUUAACAUUAAAUAAUGUGACUAAUACUCUAAGGCACAAAUUGGACUUGACCUUUCUCAUAAAAUUAUGUUCAUGCUAUAGACUUAUAGCCAAAGUUAUGAAAUAAUAAGCCAGUAUUAUGUAUAAUUUGAACCAACUAAGACGAUAUAUUUGUCAAAAUAUUUGACCUUGUAUCAUAUCAUCUUAUUCAGCCCUGUGUCAGAUCUAAAAUAUUCUACAAUGAUGGUUAUUUAUUUAUUCCAAGUGUAUAUAUGAAUCUAUCUAAUCGUCACAGUGACGUUGUUCUUAUGUGCAGGAAUUCAUUCAUUCUCUGAUGCCAUGUUUCUGAUUGUCCAAUUUUCCCAUCCACGAUCCUCUCUGCUUUAUUUAGCAGGCUUUAGCUCCCAUCUCUUCCCAACUCUUUCUCCUCAUCUCUGGCCUGUACUUGCCUUUUUCCUUUCCUCUUCCCCUACCUCUUUGAGAGCUACCAUGCGCAGAUUCAGCUCAGAGGGAUCCCUCCUGGAUCUGGAUUUCCUCCCAUGGAAGAGGAUGGUACUGAAGAGCUCCGAUCCUGGGAAGAACCGGGAGUCGGGAACCUACACAUCUCACACGGAGGAAGACGAGCUGGGUGGCAGCUCGACCCACCCAGUCCCCAUCAUCCGGGAGCCUAGAGCCAGUCCUGGCGGGGCGAGGAGGAAGGAGCUGAACAAGGAGCACAGCGUCAGCGCGGAGAACCUCAGCGAGCUGGAGAAACUGGGCAAGAGCCACCUGGGAGUGUGUAUGAUUGGUGAAGGCUGCAGGGCCUACAGUGAUGGCCAGCUGGCCCCGCCUGCCCAGGGCAGCACGGACAGCAUGGAGAGAGAAGAUCUGCAUCCCUCGUCUCCUUCUUAUUCCUCCAACCCCUUCAGAUUCCAGAACAGGCAACAACGUAAACCCAAACUGUCCACUGCUAAACUGCACCUCAGGAGUCUGUUCGGGCAGAGUCCUCAUUCCUCCAACUCCAACCUGUCCAACACAGAACAAAUAGACAGCCCCACAGAGAGGAGGUCUCGGCUGCUCUUCAUGCGUCAGUGGAGUCAGAUGGGACACAGUAAGAAAAGGAAGCUCAGUCAAGAAGAACUGGAGACAUGGGCAGAGUCCCUGAAUGCCUUGCUGCUCAGCCAGACUGGCGUGUCAGUGUUUGGAGCAUUCCUGCGUUCUGAGUUCAGUGAGGAGAACCUGCAGUUCUAUCUGGCCUGUGAGCAGUACCGAAACUCGUCAAACAACUUCAGCCUGCAGAGGAGAGCCAAAGACAUCUGUGCCACCUACAUCCAGGCAGGCGCCCCCCGGGAGGUGAACCUGGACAGUAAAACCAGGGAUCUGACCAUCCAGCUGCUGCAGGCUCCCUCUCACGCCUCUCUGAGCCAGGCACAGAAACGCAUCUACUCACUGCUGGACACAGACUGUUAUCCCCGCUUCCUCCAGUCCGAGGUCUACUUGUCCUUACUGCGAGACGCCGACUAGACCCCACUCAGCAGGAGGGCCACGAGCUUCCAGCAAAGCCUUAACACUGUAAACCUAAAUGUAUCUUCAAACCAUAGAGCUGCUGUGUAGUUUGUGAUGUUCAUCCGACAAUAUAUGAGUCAGUUAAACAAGUAUAAUCUUUCUUUUGGAGAGUGAGAUGUUCAGAUGACUUUUAGUAUUUCGUGCCUCUUGUUUCCCCCUUGCGCCCCUGUCUUAUUGCCAUGGCUACCAAACACUGACACCACUUGUGCACUUAUACAGACAUGCGAUUAAUAAAUAAAGAGAUAAUAAAUAGGAUAAGCUAAUUUACCCAAUUGUUAAUUUA